GUAGAAUCAUCAAUUGUCAGAUGAAGAAAACAGAACUCUACAAUCAAGGACAAUCAAAAUGACACUCAAUUUUGACCAAUAAAAUCUAAAGAUUUCCAAAUAAUUAUUCCGUAUUACAAUCACAUUAAUAUUUUUACACAUUUACUUGCUCCUAUAAGAAAGAUUUCACUUUUUUUUCCCUACAGAUUUCACUUUCUUCCUACCGAUUUCGAGGAGAGACGAAAUGGAGAUUCCGGUGCCGGAAUACGGCGAGAGAUGCAAGAGAACGGGAACGCCGAAUUGGAGAUGCCCUGAAAGAGCUCUUCCUGGAAGACCUCAUUGUCAGAAACAUCAUUCUCUCUACGUUUCCCGUCAAAAUCGCCUGAAAAGCAUACCCAUUGAAGAGAGAAAGAAAAAAUCUGGCGCCAGAGAUCGCCGGAGAAAAAGAUCAGGCACCGGAGACGGCGAUGGUGACGGCGAGUCUCUCCCCUCCUCUGCUGUUGAGCCGUAUCGGCCGGUGAUUGACUUUGAUUUUCAGGAAAAUCCGGGUGGGACCGGAAUUGAAUCGGGUUUCGGGAAAAAUGACGGAAUACUCCUUAGUGAACUAGAGGGUGGUGGGAAUGACGGUAUUACCCUUGGUGAAUUGGGUGUGGAUUUUAAGGGAAUGAUUCUUGGUUAUGAGCCUCGGUCUAAUCCGGUUUGGACCGGUGGUGAACCGUGCAUUGUUUCAGAACACGGAACCACUAUCGGAGGCGGAAGUGACGGUCUUUUGGCAACUGAGGUUGAAAUGCUGGGUUUUGGUGGUAUUCCGGCAGAAAGAUUGGGUUGGGUGAGUGAAGUUAAUGAUGCAAAUGACCAUAUUGUCCUUGGUGAACCGGGUGCGGGUGGAGUGGAACUGGAAGUACAAAAUGACUAUAAUAUCCUUGAAGGAGGUAUUGGAGUUGAGAAAAGUAGUGAACCGCAAUUUAUUAGUGAAGUGUUUGAAGAGAGAGAAAGUGAAAAAAACGGGAGAAUUAAGAUGGAAUUGCAGCUGAAUAUGCCAGAAAUGGUAGGGAAUUUGGGGGGAAUUCAAGCUAUAAGUAGUCAAGAAAUGGAGGGUCUUGGACAAAAGAAGAAAAGGGGUCGCCCCAAAGGGUCAAAAAACAAGAAUUCAAACAAGAAAGAGAAAAAAGGUGUUGAAAAUGGAGGAGAAUUAGGAGGUGGCGAUAAUCAGAAGUUUGAGAAUAAGGUUUUUGAUGGAAUUGAUGGUAAUAAGGAGUGCCAAAAUGAGAUUUUGGAUAGAAAUGAUGAAAUUAGGAAGAGGGUUAGGGAAUUGUUUGAGUCCGAUGAUGAACAAGAUGGUUGUUCUGAGGCGAAAAAUGAUGAGGGUUUUGAAGGUCAAGAUAGAAUUCAGGGUUUGGGAAAUGGGGAAAUUCCCAGUGUUGCAGAUGGUGGUGGAAGUGAGAUGGUUAUGCCGAAAAAGAAGCGAGGGCGGCCUAAAGGUGUGAAGAAUAAGCCGAAAAUGGGGAAAAAUGGUGAAGGAGUAGUUAGUGCUAGUGUUGAAGGGUUUGAUAAUGGGGGUAGUGUGAAUGUUGGGAAAGAUGGUGUUGGAGUUAAUGGUAGUGUGUUGGCGGUUGGGAAAGAUGGUGCUGGAGUUAAUGGUGGUGUAUUGGUGGCUGGAAAAGAUGGUGCUGGAGUUAAUGGUGGUGUAUUGGUGGUUGGGAAAGAUGGUGCUGGAGUUAAUGGUGGUGUAUUGGUGGCUGGGAAAGAUGGUGCUGGAGUUAAUGGUGGUGUAUUGGUGGCUGGGAAAGAUGGUGCUGGAGUUAAUGGUAGUGUAUUGGUGGGUGUUAAAGGUAAGAAAAGGCGAAAGAAGGAUGCGACUCUGGUGGAAGGCGGUAGAGGAGAAGCGGAGAAGAAGGUGGUGAAGAAGGUGGAGAAGCGAGGCCGGUGUAAUGGUUUGAAGGCGAAAAGGCAGAAUGUGAUUGUGGUUGGCCUAGCUGCUAAGGUGCAAGAAGAGGUUUUGGAGAAGAAGGUACAGAGUGAGUGCCCUAAAGGGUUGAAAAACAAAGAGGAGGAUGUGGUUUCGGUUCCGGUUGCUGAAGUGGGGGAAGAGGUGGAGAAGAGUGGGCGAGGGCGAGGGCGGCCGAAGAGGGAAAGGGUUUGUGGAGAAGAAGGUCCACAACAGGUGAGUGAGGCAGGUAGUGAAGUAGUGAAGAAUGAGGCUAAUCAUGAUGCUUCAAAGGCAACUGUUAGGGUUGGUUCACGCCUGAGAAAAAAGAAGCGAGGGCGGCCUAGAGGUUUGAAAAAUAAAAGGGUGGUUCUUGUUGAUGGAAUUCUUCAUAAAGUUAUUAGCUCACAACAUGGAGGAGGAGGCUUGGUUGUCCAAAAGGAUGCGAGACCUAUGGAGUUUCUGCGGCGAUGUGGAAAUGAAAAGGUGGAUGAUGGUAAAGGUUCAGCAGUUGUACAGAAGAGACCUCUGAGAAAGGCCUCUAACUACCAGUUGAGAGUGAGAAAUAUGCCUCAGGGUACCAAAGUUUCGAAGAGAAAGAAGAGUUCAAGGUGUCACCAUUGCAGAUGUGAGAAAAAUGCUGUUAUUACUUGCUCAUGUUGCAAAAAGAAACGUUAUUGUUCCCCAUGCCUUUUGAAGUGGUAUCCUGAAAGAACAAGGAAGGAAGUGCAGGAGGCGUGUCCUUUCUGUCGUGGGAAUUGCAAUUGCAAAGCAUGCCUACAGGAGAAGCUAGUUAUGAAGGACAGACAGAAAGACAUAGAUAGAAAGGUCAAGUCAGAAAGGCUUAUGUACUUGAUGUGCAAAAUAAGUCCCAUUCUGAAGCGCAUACAAGAGGAGCAGAGAUCUGAGCUGGAAGUGGAAGCUAGAACACUUGGCAAAACAAUGAAAGAAGAGGAUGUAAUGAAGACUAGUAUCGAUCAAGAUGAUCGCAUAUACUGUGAUAAAUGCAACACGUCCAUUGUAAAUUUCCACAGAAGUUGCCCCAGUUCUCUCUGCUCUUAUGAUCUCUGUCUAUCCUGUUGUCAAGAAUUGAGAUCAGGUUUGAGGUCUGAUGGUCUUGAAGCUGGAUCUUCAUGUCAAUCUACAGGAGGUUCGUUAUCUCAUGGUAUAACGGAAAAUAACCAGAAUAGUGAUGCUGGUAAAAUGGGGGACAGCAAAGUGCCUACUGGUAGCAAUAUCCUACCCUCUACAGUUUGCGGGAACUCGAAUUUGGAGAAUAGCAUUCUUUGUCCUCCCAACGAAUGUGGUGGUUGUGGACUUCACAUACUCGAACUAAAACGCAUUUUCGAACCUAAUUGGGUGAAAACGCUGAUUGAAAGCAUUGAUAAGAUCACUAUUGAUUAUCAUUUGCCAGAGACAGAUUCUAGUCAGGAAUGUCAGAUCUGCCUUCCCACUACUUCAGGCUCUCAAAGAAGUGGCUCUGAAACAAGAAAGGCAGCUUCACGGGAAAAGAUGCGUGAUAAUUUUCUUUACUGUCCGAGUGCUACCAAUAUUGAUGAUCUUCAAGUUGACCACUUUCAAAUGCAUUGGACUCAAGGUGAACCUGUGAUUGUCAGAGAUGUGUUUAAAAAGGGAUCUGGACUGAGUUGGGAGCCAAUGGUGAUGUGGAGGGCCUUCAGAGGAGCCAACAAGAUACUGAAGCAGGAUACACUUAAUGUAAAGGCCAUUGAUUGUUUGGACUGGUGUGAGGUAGAGAUUGAUAUUUAUAAUUUCUUUAAGGGUUACUUGCAUGGUCGGACUCAUAAUACUGGUUGCCCAGAAAUCUUAAAACUAAAGGAUUGGCCUGCUUCAAAUUUAUUCGAAGAAUGCUUGCCAAGGCAUUUUGCUGAGUUUAUUAUGAUGCUUCCAUAUGGAGACUACACUCACCCUGAAUGUGGUAUUCUCAAUCUUGCUACCAAACUUCCAAAUGGUGUUCCAAAGCCAGAUUUGGGACCAAAAACAUACAUUGCUUAUGGUUUUGAAGAAGAGCUUGGCAGGGGUGAUUCUGUGACAAAGCUGCACUGUGAUAUAUCUGAUGCGGUCAAUGUGUUAAUGCACACAACAAAGGUCGAUGUUGGCUCAUAUCAGCAGCUAGGUGUACAAAAGUUGCAAAAGACUUGUGAAGUUGAAAAAGUAUCAGUUUCUGCGGAUAGAUGUGACAAUGAAACUAAAGAAAACUGCGACGUUGCCCUCAACUGUUCUGCUUCUGAACAGUUCCCUUGUGAUGAAACUGCUGCUACAAGCAUUGUCGGCCAUUUUUCAGAAACAUCAGUUUCUCCAGAUAGAAAUGACAAUAAAAAAGAAAACUCUGGUGCGGGCCUGAACUGUGCCAAAGAAAUUCCCUGUGCUGAUGGAGCGAGUGUUUUAAGCGCUGUCGGUCAUUUUUCAGAAACACCACUUUCUGCAAAUAGAUGUGACAAUGAAACUAAAGAAAACUCUGAUGCUGGCCUGAAUUAUUCUGCUGCUAAAGAGAUUCCUUUUGCUGAUGGAGCCAGUGCUGUAAGCACCAUCUUCCAUUUUUCAGAAACACCAGUUUCUGCAGAUAGAUGUGACGAUGAAGCAAAAGAAAACUCUGAUGCUGGCCUGAACUGUUCUGCUGCUAAAGAGUUCCACUUUGCUGACGGGGCUGGUGCUGUAAGAUGUAGUGGUCAUUCUUCGGAGGUUUCAUGCUUUGGUGGAGAGCAUGAUUUAACGUCUGAAAACCCUGAUUUAGAUGAAAAUAAAGCAAGUGAAGGUGCUAUCUGGGAUAUAUUUAGACGAGAAGAUGUCCCGAAACUUGUUGAAUAUCUGAAAAAGCAUCCUCAAGAAUUUUAUCAUAUCAACAAUCUUCCUGUGAAAUCAGUUUUCCAUCCUAUUCAUGACCAGACUUUCUAUCUGACUGAGAUCCAUAAGAAACAGCUGAAGGAAGAGUUCGAUGUUGAACCUUGGACAUUUGAACAACACCUGGGUGAGGCUGUUUUCAUACCUGCUGGGUGCCCACAUCAAGUGAGAAAUAAACUAUCUUGCAUCAAAGUGGCACUCGACUUUGUAUCUCCCGAGAACAUUCAGGAAUGCAUUCGAUUGACAGAAGAGUUUCGCUUGCUCCCUAAGAACCACAGAUCUAAAGAAGACAAAUUGGAGGUGAAAAAGAUGGCGCUGUAUGCAGCAAGUUCUGCUCUCAGCGAAUUCAGGAAAUCGGCAGAUUCUGAAUGAGAUUUUCAUGGGGGAUUUUUUGAGCAAACUGAGCUAUUGCUUAUUCAACCAAUUCAACAAUUCAUCUCAUUGUAUAAUUUUGUUCUUGCAUUGAUUUGGAGAUAAGCAUUUGUUUCGGUUUUAGCAGAAUGAGGAAUAGGUUUCAACAUAGGUGCAAAUUUGUGUAUUCCUCCUAAAAAGUAGGUCUUUUGCGGAUGCUUUUAUUGAGCCAUUGUUGAUUCAACACCAUUGAUAACACUGAAAUUGCUGAUUUUACCAUUGAAAUCAAAAGGUAGGUAGUUGUUUCAAAA